CUUGGGCAGCGUUGCUAUAAUGGCAGCUGCAGCUGUGACUCGAGUGGAAGCGUGGGGUGCGACUCUAGUGGAAAGUGCAAGUGCAAGAUGCACACAGAGGGCCCGACCUGUGGGUCCUGCAAGCAGGGCCACUUCCACCUGAGUGCUGACCAGAAGGACGGAUGUCUGUCCUGCUUCUGCAUGGGUGUCACCCAGCAGUGCACCAGCUCCUCUUACUACAGAGACGUGGUAUCCACCACAUUUGCUCCCGGCAAUUUCCAGAACUUUGCCCUGGUGAACCGGCAGCGGAGCACACGAAUCACCACUGGCUUCACGGUCGAGGUGGCCACAGACGGCACACAGCUGUCCUACAGCAACUUCGGAAGCCUGAGCCAGGAGGCCUCCUAUUGGCAGCUCCCGGUGGUGUACCAGGGAGACAAGAAGGAGGCUUUCUUUGCUCGUAUGAGGCGAGCUCACAAGAAAGACUCCAGCUUGACCGAGGAGCAGCUGAGGAAGGAUGCAUCCAUUUGGGGAUUAAUGGACUCCAUGGGGACGAGCCAUACCAGGUCAAAGAGAGCCAGCAAGUCCACCACCCCAGCCGAGGAGCUGAAGAGGCUUGAUGACGAAAUCUGGGCCCUCAUCUCCAACUUCUCCAACAGCCCCGGACCUCUCGCUCCGCCUGGGAGCAUAGUCGCCCGCGGGCCUCCUGCUUCUCGCUCUUUCUCCAGCCCUCCGGGUCCGCCGGGCCCCCCGGCCUUCCGGGCUCCGGCACCCGCCCCCCCUCCCCCACCGCCCGCUGGCUCUCCUGUCUCCUCCUCCGCUCGGGUCCCCCGGCCCUCCUCCUCUCUCUCUGCAUCCCCUGGCCGCUCCCCUCAGCCUCCCAGCUCCCAGUCUGUCCUUCAGGCUCAGAGGGGUACAAACUUGCUCCCUCCGCGCGGCCCCAGGCCAGGUGGAUCUGAAAAGUACGCUCUGGUCUACAAAGGCUUCAGCCUGCUUCCUGAGGGCCUGUACUACUGGCAGCUGCCACAGCAGUUCAAGGGGGAUAAGGUGGGCUCCUAUGGAGGACGGCUGAAGUACACCAUCUCCUAUGUAGCGGGCCCAAGAGGAUCUCCUGUCGAAGACGCAGACGUGCAGAUCAUUGGCAACGAUAUCACGCUGGUGGCCCGGCAGCCCUGGCCAAGGGGACAGAGCACAAGGGAGUCCCGCAGCUUCGAAGUCGUGUUCAGGGAGGAACACUGGCAUCGUCCGGACGGGAUGCCAGCCACACGGGAGCACCUGAUGAUGGUCCUGGCGGACCUGGACGAGAUCCUCAUCCGCGCCUCCCACCACACAGAAAUGAGGUCUGUCAGCAUCUCGGGGGUCAGCAUGGAGGUGGCGGUGCCCGCGUACACUGGCCUGCGCCAGGCGCUGGAAGUGGAGCACUGUCGAUGCCCGCCUGGGUACCAGGGUCUGUCCUGCCAGGACUGUGCUCAUGGCUACAGUCGUACCGGUGGAGGACUCUACCUGGGGCACUGUGAGCUGUGUGACUGCAAUGGGCACUCGGAGUCCUGCCACCCUGAGACUGGCGUGUGCACGAACUGUCUACACAACACAGUCGGCGAGCUGUGUGAGCAGUGUGCCCCUGGUUUCUACGGCGACCCCACAGCGGGUACCCCAGAAGACUGUCAGCCAUGUGCCUGCCCUCACACAGACCCAGACAGCCAGUUCUCCCCCACAUGUGAGAGUCUGGGCAAUGGUGGGUACCGAUGCACAGACUGCCAGCCUGGAUAUACUGGACAGUACUGUGAACGGUGUGCCCCUGGAUAUGUAGGCAACCCUCAAGAAAGAGAGAAGUGCCGCCCAUACAACGCAGCCUCUCUGGUAGUGAAGGUGUACCCAGAAAGAACAAUAGUUUCUCAAGGCAGUGCGGUGACCCUGCGGUGCCAGGUCACUGGAUCCCCCCCUCAUUACUUCUUCUGGACCAGAGAAGACGGGCGCCCUCUGCCCAGCACUGCAGACAAACGCCGCCAAGGUGAAGAGCUGUUCUUCUCCAAUAUUCAGCCCAGCGAUGCAGGAGCUUACAUUUGCACCUGCCGAGACCUUCGGAGCUCCAACAGGAGCCGAGCAGAGAUCGUCGUGACCACUGUUCCUUCCAAACCAAUCGAAGUGACGGUUGAGGAGCCCAAAGUGCAGACUGUCAAAAUCGGGUCGACUGUCAGCUUCAUCUGCACAGCCAAGAGCAAGUCGCCUGCCUACACCUUGGUCUGGACUCGCCAGAACAACAGCAAGCUGCCCAGCCGGGCCAUGGACUUCAACGGCAUCCUCACCAUUCACAACGUGCAACCGGAGGACGCCGGGGCCUACGUCUGUACGGGCUCCAACAUGUUUGCCAUGGACGAGGGCACGGCUUUUCUCUAUGUGCCAGAGGCCUCAAAGACACAGAUGUUUUACACAGCCUAUGAAAUGUUUGAAGGACAUAGACCGCCUAACGAGGAGUCACAGCCCUUCGCCACCAUCCAGCCCCCCGUGCUGCGCGUCCAGCGAGGCCAGCGAGCCGAGUUCCGCUGUACCGUCCGAGGAAACCCGACUCCAUCCAUCGAGUGGGCAGGAGGGCAGGGCAACAGGAUCAGCUCUAAUGCAGUCAUCCGAGAGGGCGUCCUCAUCAUCCCUGCGGCUGAGCGCUCCGAUGAGGCGGAGUACAUCUGCAAAGCGCUGAACGUUCACGGAGAGCACGCAGCACGGGCUACGCUUUACGUGAACAUUGAUGAGGAUGCCCGGCCCUUUGCUACCAUUCAACCUCCCGUCCUGACCAUCCAGCAAGGGCAGCAAGCCGAGUUCCGCUGCAGUGUUAGAGGAAACCCAACUCCAGCCAUUGAGUGGUCAGGAGGGCGGGGCAACAGGAUCACUCCGAAAGCCAUAAUCCGAGACGGCGUCCUCAUCAUCCCUGCGGCUGAGCGCUCUGAUGAGGCGGAGUACAUCUGCAAAGCGCUGAACGUUCAUGGAGAGCACACAGCACGGGCCGUGCUUUACGUACACAGUGCCAGUCUACCUCAUAUCCAGGUCAGCCCCCCACGAGUUACAAUCCAGGAAGGGGAGACUCUGAGACUCUACUGCCGUGCAGGAGGGACUCCUAGCCCAAGCCUGACUUGGAAGAAGCAAGGUGGUGAACUUCCCCCACAGGCCAUACCCUCUCAUGGUUUCCAUCAGUUUAAAAGCAACAGUGUUGAAGUUUUACAGAAACGUAUUGAGGAGCUCCAGGCCCGAAUGGAGAGGACAGACAUCGGCACCCUGCUCAUCCCCUCCAUCAAGGCGUCGGACGCUGGCACCUACCUCUGCGUGGGGACAAACUCCAUCGGCUCCUCCGAAGCUCCCAUUGAGGUGUCUGUCCUCCGAGUCGAUAGGGUCGUAGCCCCGGUCAUUCAGCCCUCCAAGGCCACGGUGCAGGAAGGCCGCACCCUGGAGCUGAGCUGCGUGGUCACGGGCAGCCCGCCACCCUCCAUCACCUGGCUACGCUCCUCUGGUCCCCUGUCCGCCAAUCACCAGGUUGUGGGCUCCAAGCUGCGAAUUCUCCACGCCUCUCCAGCUGACUCCGGGGAUUAUAUCUGUCAGGUGAACAGUGGCCACCCACAAGGGGUCACCCAGCAGUCCGUGAUCUCGGUGACGGUGACCUCCUCCCCUGCGUCCACCUCCUCCUCCACAUCUUCCUCCUCCCGCCUGCAGACUCCCAUCAUCUCCAUCGAGCCUCACAGUGCCGCCGUCCGGCCUGGAGAGUCUACGAGCUUCAGGUGCCGGGUCUACAGUGGAGCUCAACCCAUCAGAAUCGAAUGGAAGAUGACGAACAGCCAGCCACUGCAGGACAACGUGAAAAUUGGUCCAGACGGCUCGGUCAUCACCAUUGCCAAGGCUCGGCCUGCUAACCAGGGCACCUAUCGCUGUGUGGCCAGCAACCUCUUUGGAAUAACACAGAGCGUUGUCUCCUUGAUAGUCAAAGUUCCUCCCCAGGUUACAGUGACGCCCAAAGGUCCAGUGCGGGUGAAGGUGGGUGAGCCCAUCAACCUGGAGUGCCAAGCGACGGGCGAGCCUCGCCCGGCGGUGACCUGGCACAGGUCAGACACGGCUCGCAGGAUUGUGCUGAGCAGUCCGGUGCCGAUGGACUCCAAUGCCGUCAUGCAGAUUCUCGCAGCCCGCCCUGAGGAUUCUGGUACCUACGGCUGCAUGGCCAAAAACAGCGAAGGCUCCUCGGAGGUGAAGGUGGACGUAGUUGUGGAGGGGGGCCCCCUCGUGACAUCUGCCCCCAUAGCAUCUGCGGAGGCGCCCCUGGUGAUCGUUGUGGAGGGGGACACUACCACCCUGCACUGCACAGCCACUGGUCAUCCACCCCCUACCAUCACAUGGUCUAAACUGCGCGCCCCUCUGCCCUGGCAGCACAAAGUGGUCAACAACAGCCUCAUUCUCCCCAAUGUGGGGCGCCAGGAUUCAGGGCAGUACAUCUGUAACGCCACCAAUACCAUGGGCACUGCUGAAAUCACCAUCAUUGUUGAUGUAGAGAGCCCUCCCUACGCCACCUCCCUGCCAGACAGCCUUGCGGUGAGGGUCGGCGAGGUCAUUCGGCUGCAGUGUCUGGCCCACGGGACGCCCCCUCUGACCUACAAGUGGACCAAAGUGGACGGCGUCCUCCCUACCAGGGCGGAGGUCCGGGACGGCACCCUGCAAAUCGACCUGGCCACAGUGGCCGACGCGGGCACCUACAAGUGCCUCGCCAACAACAAAGUGGGCAACAGCGAGGCACUGGCCACAGUCACGGUCAGAUCUCCCCUGGCAGUGCGGGUCUCGCCGCGGAUUGAGGUGAAAGCACCAGGCAGUGCGGUGGAGUUCACCUGCUCGGCCACCGGGGGCAUCCAGACCAGGACUGAGUGGCUGAAGGAAGGUGGCGCUCUGCCUCGCAGUCACCACAUUUAUAACGGAGUGCUGAGGAUAGAGAAUCUGCACAAGAGCGAUGAGGGCAACUACAUCUGCAGGGCCACCAGUGUGUACGGGCAGGCACAGGACACUGCCAAACUCACCAUCCAAGCGCUGCCCAAAGUGAUGAUCAACGUGCGCACCUCCGUGCAGACGGUGAUGGUGGGGAACGCCGUGGAGUUUGAGUGCCAGGCCAUCGGAGACCCCCAGCCCACCCUCCAGUGGAGCAAAGUGGGCAGCCAGCUGCCCGCGCACAUCAUCGUUAAAAACGGGAUGCUGACCAUCGGCCAGGUGAAGGAGUCGGAUGCCGGGCUCUACCGCUGCACCGCCACCAACGAGGUCGGCUCUGUCCAGUCUGAGGUGGUCCUCAACGUGCAGUCCAUUCCCCAGAUCGCUGCCCAGCCAGAGGUGAAGGAGGUGACUGUGGGAUCUGCAGCAGUGUUCCCCUGCAUGGCUUCGGGGUACCCAGUCCCACAGAUCAAGUGGACCAAGCUGGACGGGAAACUCCCCCCCAGGGCUACAGUAGAGGGCAACGUGCUGACCAUUCCCUCAGUGACCCCAGAGGACAUGGGCACAUACGUGUGCACAGCCUCCAAUAAGCAGGGCAAAGUGCAGGCCUUCUCCAUGCUUAAGGUUCACGAAAGAGUGGUGCCCUAUUUUACCCAGACUCCCAUCUCCUAUCUCACACUCCCCACCAUUAAGAACGCAUACAAGGCGUUCCAUAUCAAAGUCACCUUCCGGCCGGACACUGUUGAUGGCAUGAUCAUCUACAACGGACAGAAGAGGACGACGGGCGCCGACUUUAUAUCUCUUGGUCUAGUAGGCGGACGCCCUGAAUUCAGGUUUGACGUGGGGUCAGGCAUGGCCACCAUUCGCUACCCCACUCCCCUCACCCUGGGGGAGUUCCACACCGUGGAGCUGUUCCGCAACCUGACUCAGGGAUCCCUCACAGUGGAUGACAACCUGCCUGUCAGUGGGAGCUCUCAGGGUAAAUUCCAGGGCCUGGAUCUGAAUGAGGAGCUGUAUGUGGGAGGCUACCCAGACUACGACAGCAUUUCGAAGACCACUGGCCUGAAGAGUGGGUUUGUGGGCUGCAUUCGGCAGCUGAUUGUCCAGGGAGAAGAGGUGAUUUUCAAGGAUCUGGAUCGCAGCUCCAGAGGCAUCUCCAACUGCCCCACCUGCAAAGACCGUCCGUGUCAGAACGGAGGGGUUUGUCGAGACUCGGACACCAGCAGCUACAUCUGUGAGUGCCUGCAGGGUUUCACUGGGAGCAACUGUGAACACAGCUCAGCGCUGCACUGUCAUCCAGAGGCCUGUGGACCUGACGCUACCUGUAUCAACAAGCAGAGUGGAAUUGGCUACAACUGUCGGUGCCACCUGGGCAAGUCUGGAGAAAAGUGCAUGGAUGGUACCCUGGUGACCACGCCCUCCUUCGAUGGCAGUGAAUCCUACAUCUCCUACCCUCCACUCACCAACAUCCACAACGACCUGCGCAUUGACCUGGAGUUCAAGCCCUACGACAUGGAGGGGCUGAUGUUCUUCAGUGGGGGCAAGAAGAUGAAAGUGGAAGACUUUGUGUCGCUGGCAUUAGUGGACAGUUAUGUGGAGUUCCGCUUUGAACUGGGAACCGGCUUGGCUGUACUGCGCAGCAUGGAGCCCAUAACUAUGAAUCAGUGGCACCGUGUGACAGCUGAGCGCCUCAACAAAGAUGGGAUGCUUAAAGUGGACCAGCAGAGGGAGGUCAGAAGGUCAUCUCCGGGAAAAGCUCAAGGGCUGAACAUCCACACCCCGAUGUACCUGGGUGGGGUCCCCAGCUUUGGUAUUCUUCCCAAACCAGCCAAUAUCAGCAUGCUGUUUGAUGGCUGCAUUGGAGAGGUUUCUAUCAAUGGAAAGAAGGUAGACCUUUCCUACAGUUUCACCGAGAGCAAGAACAUCCAACAGUGUGUCGAUCAAAGCCCCUGCGACCGCAUGCUCUGCCUGAAUGGGGGCACGUGCUUUGCUCCUGGAGAGUACGAGCUCCAGUGUCUCUGCAGAGAUGGCUUUGAAGGGGAGCGCUGUGAGAUCUCCAAGGACAUCUGCCAGCUGCAGAACCCGUGUCAGAACGGAGGACGCUGCUCUGAUAACCAGUGCCUGUGUCCUGCUGGAUACACAGGCCAGUUCUGCGAGAAGCGGGAGUCUGUCAGCUCUCCAGAGUCUCAGUGGAGAAUGGAGGGUAAUGAAGGGAAUGAUUCUCCCAUUCAGUACGCGGCUCAUUUCUAUGACGACGGAUACCUGGCCCUUCCCAAGGUGAUCUUUCCAAGGAGCUCACCUGAGGCCCCCGAGACCAUAGAGCUGGAGAUGCGCAGCACCUCCACAGACGGCCUGGUCUUCUGGCAGGGGGUGGAGCUUGGAGAAAAUGGUAAAGGCAAAGAUUUUGUGAGCCUUGGAUUAGAAAAUGGAUACCUCGUCUUCAGCUACCAACUAGGCAGUGGCGAGGCUGAAAUAAGAUCUGAAGUUCUGGUAAACGAUGGGAAAUGGCACAAGAUCACUGCAGUAAGGACUGGGCGGCAGGGUUCCAUUCAGAUCGAUGGAGGUCAACCCGUGAGAGGAGAAUCAGAGGGCAGAAACGUCAUGGUGGACACCAAAGGCAAUAUCUACCUGGGGGGGGCCCCAGAUAUCGCCACCCUGACGGGGGGGAAGUUUGCGUCGGGAAUCACGGGGUGCCUAAAGAACCUGGUGCUGAUGAACGCCCAGCCCGGAGAGCAGCCCCCGCGACCCGUCGACCUGCGGGUCCACGCGGAGGAGGGCGUCAACGUCAAGAAGUGUUCGGCAUAGGCAAGCACAGGAGCCAAAAUCAGAGACUUCGGCCAGAGAGACACACACACACACACUCACUUCCACACACACUCAUCACCCUCGUACGACAAGGAAAGAGAAAACGGUGCUUAGCUGCUUGCCAAAAACGACAACAACAACAACAACAACAAACACAAAACCUAAAAGGUUUGCCUUGUGCUCUGUGUUGCGCAACACCAAAAAAAAAAGAGAUAUUAACAAGUCUUCACAAAAUCCUCCUCAGUGUUGUAUAAUAAUGAAGGACUAUUAAAAGAAAAGAUCCUGUUUGGUUUACACUCUGCCCGAUGUAGCCAUACAAAAAGACGAUGGGCCUUCAACCAAGAGGUCGAUCUAAUGGAGAUGGAGAUGUUUUUACAGCACUGAAUUUUAUUUUUUUUAUAUUAUAUAUAUGUGGGGGGGGGAUGAAACUAACCAUAUACUGCUCUUCUGUUUCCUAGACUGAAUCUGGGUUCUAAUACUGUGUUUUGAUGGCUUUGUGGCCUAGUAUUGUUAAUACUUGAAGACGUUUAGGCCCACUCGACCAUGCCCUAUCUUCCCCCAGAACCAUUCAGUGAGCAUGCUCAGAGCUUGAACCCAAAGGAAGCCCAAGUCGCAGCACAGCAGCAACGAGACACAUCUCAGGUGGAUAAACGAAGCAAUAAAAAAUACAGAUGGUGCUUUUUUUUUUUUGCCAAACCACUCUGCAGGACAUUUGCCUUCCAGUUCCUCAGUGCUUUUGGGUUGUCCGUUCCUUCUCAAGUUAAAGGUGGUUAAACCCCAUCCAGUGGUGCUAAGGUUAGAAAUGUCAGCCGAUUGACACAGACUCUUGUUACUGAUCUCUGUAACUUCGGUAACUGUUAACAGUGUUAGAUUGACGUUUUAGAGACUUAAAUUUUUUCCUGCCCGACCGAUAUUAUUAGCGCAAUUAAAAGAAAAAUCUUUAGGGACUUUUAAGUGUUUUUUUUAUUGUAAUGUUGACAAUCUAGAAGGCUUCCUUUCCAAAGAGCCAUAUAUGUGUGACACUACCAAGCAAAUAAUUUUUUCGAGAGGAUUUCAAAGACUCAAAAGAGGUGUAAAGAAUUUCUCUUUCACUUAUAGAAGAUGCCUUCUUUUAUUGCUGAAAAAAUGCUCUACUAAAUAAAAUAGAGAAAAUGGUGUGAUCUUUUUCAAAAAAUGUAAACAUUCAUAAUAUAUCUGCUAGCCAGAUAAAUUCAUUUAUCACAAGUUUUUCCUUGUUUUUCUAAUUUUUUUUAGCUUUUCUCUUUUUUUGUGUCACAGAAGUGCCUUGUAAUGUAAACGUGAUCACUCAGUCCCCCUCUUUAUCCUUCAGUUUCAUACCCUCGUACACGUACUCUUUUUGUUCUUCCUUUCCUUCUGCGUGAAUCAUUUUUCUGUGUAAAAACCUCAGGAGGGUCAACUACAAACUGCCUCAGAAGACACUUUUCAGUUUCAGGGUCACUCGUCUCAGACUAGCCAUAGGAAAGGUCCUAUUCAGAAACUUUAGCCAGUUCCAUUAUCAAAAACCACCAACCUAGCUGUGUGUGUUUGUCGUGGGAGAGUGUUAUCCAUGACACUAGUGCAGUAGACCUACAGACAGUCAUUGUAGUACAGUGUUAGUGUUUCCAGCAGUGCUGUGACCAAACUUCUGAGUACCUUAUCUUGCUUGAGCAUGCUUACCAACAAUGGUUAAUUAUUUUCAAAUGGCAGUUCAUUUGGGGUUCACAAGCUAGUCACUUUGUUUUAAAUGCUAGGAUAUUCAAUUUCUAAAUGAGCACUGUCAUUUCACAUCAUGUUGCUUAAUUUUAUUUCCACUGCAGGCUUGUCUCUGCCACUGUUGAGUUGUGGAAUGACUGACUCUUUUCUUCUCAUAAAUGUGUACUGACCCCUAGAUUCUGUCUCCCUUAUGUGUGUAGACGUUUAGAGGAGUUAGCAGCCUGAAUUCUGGUCACUUUCUUAGGGGGUUUCAGCACAACUCCAUCCCAACUGAACCUCAUAUUACACCACUGUGUUUGAAAGAAAGGGCUCAUCGCCUGUCCAGUGAAUCCUUUCCACUGUGGCACUCUGAAACCGACACAGACUUCCAUUCCAGAGAAAUACUACAAAGAAGUAUGCCAAUUCCAGUAAUAUGAAAAGAAUAUUUCAUCACGUCCUUACAAAUAUUUCGGGAGGUUUCGCAGUUAUACUGUGUAUAAUCUGAUAUACAUGAGAAAAAAUUGUAUUUUGCCCUCCACCCAAGGCCAAAACACUUAAACAGAUCAAUCCUACACAGAAAGAAAAAAUCCUAUGCAGUUUACAUAAACAGUAACCUGCUAGCAUGGUUUCAGGUUUAAAACAUUUGAUACCAGGUCUCCUUUAAAUUUAGCCAGUUUUAUUAAUCUGGCUCCUGGAGUUUGGAAUGUAAAUUAAAUGAAUCUGGACUGCAGGUACAGAAUAUGGAAUUUACUGUAUAUGUACUGAUGUACUACACUGAUUUGUGGCCUGAGGAAAACACUAAGGAUGUGCUUUUUUGAGCAAAUAUGAGAAGUAUUUUUACUUCUGUGAAGACACCAGCUUCAUGGCGCAUGGGGACAAACACAAUAAUUGCCUGUAAAUAAGUAGAAAAGGGCAAAAACAGAUAUACCUGAGUAUUACAGCACUAGCCAAUACAGAGAGACCUUCAGAUAGUCCUGGACAAUCAGAGCAGCACUUUGCUCAAGAGUUGUACAAUGUCGUGGUUUUGCAGUAAAAUUAAAGAUACCUUGGUGAUGUUACUUGCCGUCGUGACUGUUUUCAAACUUUAACACUUUUCCCUCAUAACUUUCAAGCACAGUGGGGGACAAGACAGGAACUCUCUCAUAAUUCCUGUACAGUAUGUGUUAUUUCCCCACAUGCACCUUCUUGGAAAGAAACAUGCCUUGUAGUUAUACAGUUAUGUGCAAUCUCUGUGAUAUGAAUUGGAACUCUAGGUGGGAUAUAUCGUGAUUUUGUUAACUCAAACAAUUAUGGGCAACGAGUGGAAACCCUGACCCUUUUCUGAGAAAUUUCUAACACCAUUUUAAAAUAUUUUGGUUCAUUUAGAGGGAUCUCAUUUUUUAUACUGUCAGUUAGUCAGUAGUGAAUUGAAAACACAUAUCACAGUAAAGGAUCACUCACUAAGUUUCCAUAAUUCAAUAAUAAUUUGCAGCAUAUACUAUAGUUUACCUUAUUGUAGUGUGAAUAUCUACUGAAAUUAGAAAUGUACACCGGGUUUUCGUAAACUACUACUGAUUGAGGAGAUAUAAAUUCAUUUUCUGAAAUAUAUAUGGACAGAUCCAAAAAAAAUAUUUUUGAGCAUGUCUAACUGUGUUUAGAAGGGAAGGUGUAUGACUGCCCUUUGAAAGUGACUCCGAUUAAGACGACAAUGAACCUAAUAAGAUUUAUUGCAAAUUCUGGCACCUAAUUUAGUGCAGCAGAAUACAGUUAGUAGCCAAGACAUGUAAAUGAAUAGAAAACCUCUAUAUUAGAUCUUUUACCAUCCCUAAGUGUGGUCUGUCAGCACACAAGUGUGGGCUUAGAGUCUCCCAAAACCGUGAUUGCUUAACUGUGCAGAAAUAGAAGUAAUUUAGAAAAAUAUGAGUACGAAGUCCUUAAGAACAGGAGACAUUGACACUUCCUCUCUUUAACCAAUAGGUCCUCUUUUUCCCUUAUAUUAUUUAAAAAAUGACUGCAUUGUGUAUGUGUCUGAUUUAUGACUCAAAACAUUGUAUUAUACAGCAUUCUCAAGGUUGAGAACUGCAUAGAAAAAAUGGUGAAAAAACUGCUGUGUAACCCUUCUGUGCUUUUUCUUCUUCCAAUGUCUGAAGGAUUUAACCUAACCCCCCUGGUGUUUCUUAAUUAAACAAUACAUGUGCUAUUUAUAA